UACUGAUUGUAAUAAUAAUAUAAUUCAAAAUACAUAUUGUAAAAAUUUUGAAUUUCAUUUUCUUUAUUAACGCGAUAUCGACGAACAGCUACUGUUUUUAUGAAUAAAAAUCAUUCUGCGAAGCGAUUUUGAAUUGUGCUAACUAUUAAUUGUUUUAAUAUAUCUGAAAGUAUUUAAGUAUUAUUGAACAUUCUUACAGUUUACUUUAGUUUGGUUGCAGUUUCGUUAGUGCACAGAUUUUUAGUGUUGAAAAUGAGAGUUCUUAACGAAACUGGACCCGUAAACAUCAUCGAUCCCUCUGAAUUACUCAGGCCCGAGCCAAAAUUCGCCAAAAAACCUGUUGGUCAGUUCAGAGACUACUCCAUCGACGAAAAUGAUCCUAUUAAAGAACGUGUCAGGAAAACAUACGAGCUGAUGCACACUAAUCAAACAGUUGACUUUGUUAAAGAAAAAAUUGAGAAAUGGACCAAAUUCGAUCACCUGAAAUACUCAAUGAAAGAAGCUCUCAUAAAAUUAAACGAUUUGGUAGACGAAAGUGAUCCCGAUGUUGACAUUCCUAAUAUAGUUCACGCUUUUCAAACAGCAGAAAGAAUCAGGAAAGAUUACCCAGACGAUGAUUGGUUUCAUCUUACAGGAUUAAUUCACGAUGCCGGAAAAGUUUUGGCCUUUUUUGACGAGCCCCAAUGGUGUGUUGUUGGAGAUACUUUCGUAGUCGGAGCUGAAUGGAGCGAUAAUAUUGUUUAUAGAGAAACCUCUUUUAAAAACAAUGUAGAUGGUAAAAAUCCGAAAUACAACACUAAAUAUGGCAUGUACAAUCGCAACUGCGGACUUGAAAAUGUGAUGAUGUCUUGGGGUCACGACGAAUACUUAUACAGAGUGUUGGUUCAUAACAAGACCAAACUUCCUCCACAAGCUUUAGCUAUGAUCAGAUACCACAGUUUUUACCCCUGGCAUACCUCUGGCGACUAUAAACAUCUAACAACUGAAAAGGAUGAAGAAACUAAACAAUGGGUGCUCAAAUUUAACCAAUACGAUCUCUACACAAAGAGUACCGAAGUCCCUGAUAUAGAAAAACUCUGGCCUUACUAUGAAAAACUUAUUGAUAAAUAUAUUCCUGGUACAUUGGACUGGUAAUUAAAUUGUAAAUAUAGUUUUUGCUAGAACAAAUUUACACAUGAAGAUAAUAUUAUAUUUUUUUAUUUCUAAAAGAUUUUGUUAAACUUUUUUACUUCAAUAAUCGUUAUAGUUUUUCUAAAUCUAAAUAUUAAUAUUUAAUUAAUUACAUAGUAUUUAAUAAAGAAAUUGAUUUAA